AUGUUACGACGCUGCUCCAAGCAUUUACAGACGUUGUACCGAAGGCAGGGGCAACAAGCCCUUCGGUUCAAGUCUACAGAGGCUCCGAAGGUCUUCGGGGCUCUGUCCCAGGCGGCCGCGAGGACAGCCCAGCCCCGGGCCCUCACCGCAGCCCACAACCAGGUCGCCACCAUCCACUUCACGAACCCCCUCCUCGCUGAACAAGACAUCAUGACUCCAAGCUUCCCCGAUUCCGUCUCUGAAGGAGAUGCGAAAAUCGAAAAGAAAGUCGGAGACGCCGUUGCCAUGGACGAGGUUGUAAUGGAGAUUGAGACCGAUAAGACAGCUCUGCCUGUCAUGGCGCCCGGCAACGGCUGGACAGAAGUUGUUCAGAUUGAGCUGACCGAGGGAGGCCCGCCUCCUAAGGCCGCGGCCGCGCCUGCUCCCGAGCCUCCGAAGGCUGAGGCUCCUCCCCCACCGCCCCCAGCAGCUGCAGCCCCACCCCCGCCACCUCCCCCAGCGGCUGCAGCGCCGCCCCCACCUCCACCACCACCAGCACCUGCUGCUGCAGCUCCGAAACCAGCUGCUCCUAUCUCCUCGAUCCCUGUCGCAGCGAUCCGUCACGCGCAAUCUAUCGAAACUGCGUCUGUAAAAGUUCCUCCCACGGACUACUCCAAGGAGAUCGCUGGUACACGCACAGAACAGCGCGUGAAGAUGAACAGGAUGCGACAGCGCAUCGCACAGCGUUUGAAGGAGGCACAGAACACUAACGCCAUGCUGACCACCUUCAACGAGAUCGACAUGUCCCAUAUAAUGGCUUUCAGGAAGAAGAACCUAGAUGCUUUCACCAAGAAGCAUGGUGUGAAGCUUGGUCUUAUGUCGCCCUUCGUGAAGGCAUCAGCGACUGCUCUGAUGGACCAGCCCGUGGUGAACGCAGUUAUCGAAGACAAUGAGAUUAUAUACCGUGACUACGUAGAUAUAUCUGUAGCGGUGGCGACGCCUAAAGGCUUGGUGGUGCCCGUAGUUAGGAAUGUACAAAAUAUGACGUAUGCGGACAUCGAGCUGACGAUCGCUAACCUCGCCGAGAAGGCUAAGGCCGGUAAACUUACUAUUGAGGAGAUGGACGGCGGCACCUUCACGAUUAGUAACGGUGGAGUGUUCGGUUCAUUGAUGGGAACUCCCAUCAUCAACCCCCCUCAGUCAGCCAUCCUGGGUAUGCACGGAAUCUUCGAGCGCCCCAUCGCGGUCAACGGCCAAGUAGUGAUCAGACCUAUGAUGUACAUAGCUCUAACAUACGACCAUAGGCUGAUCGACGGCCGUGAAGCUGUCAUGUUCCUCAGGAAGAUCAAGCAAGGAGUGGAAGACCCCGCGACCAUCAUCGCCGGAUUGUAG